CAGAGCUAGUGCCGAAGAUGGCGGAGGCUUAGAAGUCGCUUAAAGGAACUGGCGUGUUUUAGUGGAUAUCUUUUAACCGUCCUGCUUUAAGACGUACUCCUUGAUUCAGAGCUUCCACAGUGUCACACAGAGGAUGUGAGGUCAAGCAGAGUGGAUGUCCUCGUUCUAGCCUGCUGCAGAGGUGCUGAUAUGUGUAUAAGAUGAGUGGAGUGGGAGAUAAUUCACUGGAGCCAAUGUGCUCUGACCGGAAACGCAAGCUCUCCACCUGCGAUACACCAGGACUGGGGUGUGACAAGCGUCGGAGAGAGCAGGAGUGUAAGUACAUUGAGGAGCUGGCCGAGCUGAUCUCGGCAAACCUCAGUGACAUCGACAGCUUCAACGUCAAGCCGGACAAAUGCGCCAUCCUUAAAGAGACGGUGCGCCAGAUCCGGCAGAUCAAAGAGCAAGGCAAAAGCUCGUGUGGUGAUGACGAUGUCCAAAAGGCCGACGUCUCUUCCACAGGUCAGGGGGUCAUUGACAAGGACCAUCUGGGCCCUCUGCUUUUGCAGGCGCUCGAUGGCUUUCUGUUCGUGGUGAACCGUGAGGGCAGCAUCGUGUUCGUGUCUGAUAAUGUGACUCAGUAUCUGCAGUACAAGCAAGAGGAUCUGAUCAGUACCAGCAUCUACAGCAUCCUGCACCAGGACGACCGCGAGGAGCUGCAGAAGAACCUGCCCAAAGGACCAAACGGCAUCUCAUGGGCCACAGACGCCUCUCGCCAGAAGAGUCACACCUUUACCUGCCGAAUGCUGGUGCAGUUUGGCCCCGGGGGGGAAGAGGGGGCAGGCAGGCCGCGCUAUGAGACCAUGCAGUGUUUCGCCCUGACACAGCCCAAGGCCAUGAUGGAGGAGGGGGAGGACCUUCAGUCAUGUAUGAUCUGCGUGGCACGGAGAGUAGUCACAGUGGAGCGGACAGAGCGGUUUAGUACCAGGCAUGAGCUCUCGGGUAAACUGAUUGAGAUUGAGCAGCAGGGCUCGUUACACACCACCAUGCGGCCCGGCUGGGAGGACCUGGUACGCCGGUGCAUGCAGAUGUUCCUGCAUCGCAGUGAAGGCCAGCCUUGGUCCUACAAACGCCACUAUCAGGAGGCGUACGUACAUGGCCGAGCAGAGACUCCUCUCUACCACUUCUCCCUGUCUGACGGGACGCCAGUAACUGCGCAGACGCGCAGCGAGCUGUGUCGGAACCCGGCCACCAGCGAACCUUUCUCCUUCCUUUCCACGCACCUGCUGCACCGGGAGCAGAAUGGCUACAGGCCAAACCAGGGAGGCAUGAUGAGACCACAGGGCAUGGGACCUCCUCCUCACGGCUCCCAGGUGAACAUGGCACCGGGAGGGCAGAUGAACAUGAGCAGGGGACACGGCAUGGCUGACCCGGGGCACAUGGGACCCAGGGCAGGACCCGUGUAUGGCCCAGGCCACCGUCUGACACCAAUGAACUCAAUGCACCAGAUAAACCAGAUGAACUCUGUCAAUCAGAUGAACCAGAUGGGUUCCAUGAAUCACAUGAACCAGAUGAAUCAAAUGAACUCCAUGAAUCCUAUGAACCAGAUUAAUUCUAUAAACCAGAUGAAUCAAAUGAACCAAAUGGGUUCGGUGAAUUCGAUAAACCCCAUGAACCAGAUGAAUCAGAUCAACCACAUGAAUCAGAUGAAUCAGAUGAAUCAGAUGAACCAGAUGAACCAGAUGAACCAGAUGGGGCAUCCAGGAAUGAACCCUCACCAGCAGAACUUCCACGGUGGGGGUUACGGAUUGGGCAUGACGAGUCCGUCCCAUGGAAGCCCCGGUAUGCACCCCUCCCAGCAGAACAUCAUGGGAUCUCCACGGAUACGGGGAAGCCCCAAGAUGGGAGCUAGCCCCUUCUCUCCUGGAGGUAUGCAUUCUCCUAUGGGCCCUAUGAACAUGGGCAGCAAUAGUGGAUCCUCCGGUCCAGCAGGUGGCAGCACUUUCUCUAGCAGCUCCCUCAACGCCCUCCAGGCCAUCAGCGAGGGCGUUGGCUCCUCGCUGCCCGGCGCUCUCACCUCGCCUUCCCACAAGUCCGACGGUUCCCCCAGCGUCAAUGCCUCUCAGGCCGGAGCGCCGAACCAGUCAGGGCCCAAUAAAGGGCCCAUCGUGGGCGAGUCGAAGAGCCCCGCUGGUCCCCACAGCUCUGGGGCCGAGCAGCAGCAAGUUCCCAUAUCCGAGUCCACGGCGGAUAAGCCGGACAGCCAGUCGGGCAAAGAGGGCGCGCUCGACCCUAGCCGCAGGCUCCCAGAUGGCAAAGGCCAUAAAAAGCUUCUCCAGCUUCUCACCUCCCCGACCGAAGAACUCACGCUGGGGGCGGCAAAAGGCGGACCCCCCCCGGCCUCCGUGGUCCUCGCCGCCGACCUGAAGGAGGCGGGAGGCUGCAUGACGAGCCCCUCCUCCACAUGCGUGCCCUCGGCGGCGGCUCCGGCAGCAGGCGGCGCCGUGGCGCAGCAAGGAGCCGGGCACCUCUCCUCUCACAUGCUGCAGGAGAAGCACAAGAUCCUCCACAAGCUGCUGCAGAAUGGCAACACGCCGGACGAGGUCGCCCGCAUCACGGCCGAGGCCACGGGCAAGGUGCGCCUGGGGGCGGAGCAUCAGGGCACGGAGGGCGCGGGGGCGGAGGUCAAGCAGGAGCAGCACAGUCCGAAGAAGACACACGCCCUGCUCCACUAUCUCCUCAACAAGGACGACUCCAAAGAGGCGGGCAUUGGCGAGGUCAAGCCAGGCAUGGACGAACUGGAGGGUCGUGGGGUUGGCGCAGGGCCAGGGUCAGGGGUUACGACCUCAAGUAACCCAGAUAGCAAGAUCAAGAUGGAACCUCCUGAUGAGCUGGAGAGCCUGGAGACCGUCCUAGGAGGCCUUCGGAAGCCCGCUUCCGGAAUGUUCGCUGAUUCCAGAAGCGGCAGCGGCACAGACAGCGAAUCCAAGAAGGGGGGUGGACCUGGAACUCACGGUGUGGAGCGGGAGGCUGUGGGCUUGGCACCGGGGGUUCGGCUGCCCCUACAGAGGGCGGUGUCUGUGGACAGUAAACCCCUGGGGGGUGCAGGAGUAGCAGGCAGGAGGAAUGCCCCGUCCUCCGUCAUCAAACAGGAGACCCUUGACCACGUGGGAAUGGGAGGUCCCAGCAGACAAAUGGGCAUGACCCAGAUGCCUCCCAUGAUGGCCUCAGGUGACUGGAGAAUGUCCAGCUCCGGUGCCAGCCCAGCGGGCUCUAAUGGACACCCUGGCAUGGGCUGCCCGACCAUGGAUCCAAAUGUCAAGGGGCUGAUGGGAGUCCCCAUGAUCAACAGGUCCAACAGUGUGCCUGCUCCUCGGUCCAUGCUACAACAGCAGCUGAUGGAGAUGAGUCCAAACGACGCGGCGAUGGGGGUGAACUCGUUCAGAGGGCAGCCACACCCCCCACAGUCCCCCUCGUGGUCUGACUGUGGGAUGGGACUGGAUGGAGGUCACACCCCCAACAGUCUGCCGUUCGGGAACCCGCUGGACGACCUGUUGGUUCCCCCGGCAACCAGCGAGGGGCAGAGCGAUGAGCGGACCCUGCUCGACCAGCUUGACUCGCUCCUCAACAACACGGAUGUCACCGGGCUGGAGGAGAUAGACCGGGCGUUGGGUAUCCCCGAACUCGUCGUUCAGGGCCACAGUGCGGACCGCCCGCCCCCCCCCGCAGAUGCCUUCGCCGGCGCAGCGUCUGACUCCAACAUGAGCAUGGACCACAAGGCCAUCUACGGGCCGGGUUACCCUGGCCCGCCUUCUAUGGGCAUGCAAGGAGGCUAUGGGCCCGGUCACGGUCCCGGCACCGGGCCUGGCUUGAUGCAGGGCCAACAUGGCCCGGGCUUUAACCCCACGAUGCCCCAGGUGGGAGGUAUUGGUGUGAUGCACCCACGCGCGGCCAUGCUACGCCCGCGGAUGAUGAGCGCCACCAAGCCCCUCCGACUGCAGCUGCAGCAGAGGCUCCAAGGACAACAGUUUAUGAACCAGAGCAGACAAGGUUUGGUGAAGAUGGAGAAUGUGCCCGGAGCAAGCCCAGGAGUGAGGCCUGGCAUGCAGCCUGGCAUGGGGGCACAGCCUACUUUCCUGAAUGCUCAGAUGAUGGCUCAGAGGAACAGGGAGAUAAUGACUCUACAGAUGAGGAGACACAGGAUGAUGAUGAUGAUGCAGCAGCAGCAGCAGCAGCAGCAGCAGCAGGGCUCCGCCCCCGGAGGCUUCAGCCCGCCUCCCAACGUCACCGCCCCCUCUGGUAUGGACAGCCCCAUGGGAGGAGCUUCCAUGAACCAGCCAGGCCAACAGCCAUUCAACUAUGGAGGGAACUAUGGCAUAGGCCAGCAAGGGGAGCCCUCGUUCAUGGGCACCGGAAGCAGCCCUCCUAAUAUGAUGCCAGGGCGCAUGGGAGGACCUCAGAAUCCCAUGAUGCAACAGCAUCCUCAGAGUGGCCCCAUGUAUCAGUCAGCGGAGAUGAAGAGUUGGGGGCAGGGGGCCAUGCCCAUGAACAAUUCAUACCCACAACAGCAGCAGCAGCAGUUCACCCAGCAGGGGGCGCCGGCGCAGUACGGGGGCAUGAUGAUGAACGGGGCCAUGCAGGGAGGCGUAAGCACACCUGGGCAGAUGCCACCCAUGCAGGGCCAGAUGGGCAUAAAUGCCAUGGGCAUGGGUCGUAUGCCAGUGGGUCAUGAUCAGAAGUACUGCUAAAGCACAGAGCAUACACACAGUGUGUUUCCAAGCUACUUGCCGCAGGUGGAGGAGAAAACCCUCGAGCGUGUCUUAACACGUUCAUGGUCCCGAGAGAGACUGCAACAGGCUCACUCCCCACUCAAAGUGUGACAUGCUCUCUGUGCAUGAGACCAAAAGGAGAUCCAUCUGCAACCAACUGCAAUUUCUGAUGUAUAUGUAGCGGUAACGCAGUACUUGACACAACCACCAGAGGGCGGUGGAGGGCUUCUCUCUCGCUGUGGAACUGUACCGGGUGGGUUCUGGUACAUCGGCUGCCUGGGUUGGGGAUGCACUUUACUGCAAGGCUAAUAAGGAAAAGGAUGUUUGCAAUAUUUCGCGCAUUGUAGCCUUAUUGAAAGACUCGGUAUGUUUUAGAAUCGAUGUUCUGAAAACCUUUCUUUUCACCUCACCUGGUUUUUAUCCUUGCUUGGGGUCACAUCUCCUUCAUUUCUAUAGUAUAUGCAGAACAAAGCAAUAAGCCUCUUCACUAUGCCAUAAAUGUUAAAAGGUGCAUCGAGUCAAGGAAGGUAAACGGUACUGCAGUAUUAAAUGGGCUUUUUGUUUUAUAUGUGAAUAACAAUGAACUUGUACAUGCCGUGUGCUUGAGAUGUAUCAUACCUGCUCCUAUUGUAUACUGUACAUUUUCUGCACAGAUUUUUGGGCCCAGUUGGGUCCAUAUUAUAUUUUAGGUCAAUAUUGCUUUGAGUUUAAAUCUAUUUUAACUUUUGUCAAAGGGAGAGAAACUUUGUAUUUUUUAUCUUUUCCAGUUUAGCAUUGGCUUUCUUUACAAUAUCGCAUUGGUAACAAUUAUCAUUUGUGUUUGGAGGGUUUCACUUUUUUUGUGGAAAUUGGGCAAAUAAGCAGUAACACAAUACAAUAAUGAUUAGCUGUCUGUUUUGAACAUGACACAAAUUCGGGGUGGAGGAAGAUCAAGUGUUUUCUCAACUCUUUGUGACCCAGCUGUUAUUAUUCUUAAUGGUUUCACUUUUCUGACUGUAAUUUACUGCAGGGUCUUCUUAAAUCUGCACAAUCCAAAGAUAAUUUUCACCAUUUUGCCGAGUUCUUGACUUUAACAGUAGUUUGCUUUUGUGUGUGUGUAGAAGCAUAGAGUGGGGAGUGCAUAUCAUAUAAAACUGAUUAUGAUUUUGUACACGGAACCAAGUGUAACUCUUUUAAUUUCAGUUUCAAUUGCCAGUUGGUAAAAUGGUGUUUGUGCUUUUGACAGUAAAUCUUUGAGAAAUAACAAUCAAAUGAACUAUAAUGGGCAACAUAUCAGUCAUUGUUUUUCUCAAAACAUUCUUAAACUCUGGCCAGGAAAACGACACUGUUUUGUGUUUAUUUUUGAUAGAUUAUGUUGGAUCACGAUAAAAUAUAUUUAGAAAUGAGAACUCCAGAUAUGGUCAUUCUGUUUUAUGUGUAUAAUGGGGAGGAGCAUGAUUAACUUAUGUAGAGGGACGUGGGACAAAUAAGCUGUCAUUUUACAGGAUGUAAAUUACAAUACAUUUUAUUCGUUUAUUGGAUGUUGAUACUGUUGUAAAUAAAAUUUAUAUUUAAACAUGAA